AUGGCGGACUUAGUUAUAAAUGAAGACAUCGCUCUUACCUUAGAACGAGCCAUUGGUACGUUUUCAAACUAUCUAUCGGGUAACAUUCAUGUUCUCAACAAAUUUAUUGGCCAUCUGCGUCGAGUCGGUGUUCUUAAGUACGAGAGAACCACGAUCAUCAAGUUUGUCAAGAAACUGAGAUUUUUCAACGAUACGUUACUACAGUACAAACAAAGCUUGUUCAACGAAGUUAAGAUUGGCACCAGCUUGACCCAGAGCGUGAUACCGGUUGGCAGCUUCUUUAUAAAGGCUUUGGAAGUGAUGGACCUCCUGAACUUCUUUUUCACCCAGUCGUUACAGCGGGAGAUAAUUUCCAAGACCCUGAACUUUGAUUUGACUUUGGAGGAGAGUUGUAUUCUAACAAUCGAGGAUGCGUACAAUCAUUUUGUCAAAUACACACAGUGGAUGCUGGAGUCCCUUGGGCAAACUGAUAUCCUGCUGAGACUGGAGGUGAUUACGUUUGCAUUGAAGUGUGCGGAGCAGGACGACGGAGUAGAGCAGGAGGUAAACACUGACAAUAUUUUCUUACAAGAGGUUAUCGUCGUAGAGGACGAGCAGCAAUACAAUGAAUUGGCAGGUGCGUGGGAUUCGGUCCUGAGAGAUAAAAUAUCUGCACUAGAAUCUGAGCUGCUCAAAGCGUCUAACGAUUGGCACGAAAAGUUCGGCAAGAGGAAGUAG